ACAAUUCUCACAGUCACAAACAGAUUGCGAUUCACAAGGCUGUGAAUUAAUGGUGUCAGAAGUUGACGGAGUAAUAUUUGGUAUAAAAUGUCUGAAGAAGCACCCAGAAGUAAUGAUAUUCAAUUAAUAUUCAAGAAAUUAAGGGCAAUUCCAACAAAUAAGUCGUGUUUUGACUGCAAUGCCAAGCUCCCCACCUGGUCCAGUAUCACCUAUGGAGUAUUUAUCUGUAUCGACUGCUCGGCAGUUCAUCGGAGCCUGGGAGUUCACCUGACAUUUGUCCGCUCUACGCAGCUCGACACCAACUGGACAUGGCUGCAACUGCGUCAGAUGCAACUCGGAGGGAACGCUAAUGCUGAAUCGUUCUUCCGACAACAUAACUGUGUGACAACAGAUGCUCAGCAGAAGUACAACUCCAGAGCUGCGCAACUCUACCGCGAGAAACUGCACUCAGCAGCUGUCCAAGCUAUGCGGCUCCAUGGCAACAAGCUAGAGAUCAGUCCACGGGAGUCAGCCUCAGUGCUGGGAACUCGGCUGCUUCACCUAGAGCCCACUAACGAACACACAACCACCAACAAGAAGGAAGAGGUUGAUUUCUUCGAGGAGAUCACCACAACCGAGAUUCAGUAUAAUGAUAACCAGGGAGUGGACAGCUGGACACCCAACGGCAACGUCAACCUAAGUAAGACUCCCGGCCCUACUGUGGGCCCCAACGUGGAGGCAGCCCUCAGGCCCCUGACAGAGCCCUCUGCUGAGAGGAAACCCACCAUCGGGGGCCGCAAACCCCCCGCCAAAAAGACUGGGCUGGGAAGCAAGAAGGUCGGAGGUCUGGGAGCCCAGAGGGUGAAAGCAGACUUCGCAGAGAUAGAACGAGAGGCGGAGCUAGCUGACAAGCUCAAAGAGUCCAGAAUAAAAGAGAAAACACCUGUUGUGCCUGAAAAAUCACCCGAGGAGCAAGAAGCUCAGCUCACAUCAAUCAGAUUGGCUUACCAAGAUAUUAGCCUGCAACAGAAGAAGGAGGAGGAGAAACUCAAGUCAGUUGACCCUAAAAAGGCCAAGCAGGUGGAGCGGCUGGGCAUGGGAUUCGCAUCAAGAUCAGGAGUGUCGCACUCAGCCUUCAGUGAUAUGAAGCCGAUAGAGCAGGAGACUCCAUUGAAGACCUCCAGUUCCAGCUCCAGGUACGCCAGGGAUGACGAUGGUGGUGGUGAUGAUUUCAUCGACUUCUUCACUUCCAGCUCCUCCUCCAUGUACAAAGGAAAUAGAACACCGACAGAAUCAUCGAACUUUGAAUCAGUGUUUUUCGAGAGCAGUAAAUCAGACAGUCUAAGUGGUUCUGGUGAGACGACCAAUAGGAACGCUUCCAACAAGAGCAGUUCAGGGUCGUCGGGAUGGGCGGAGUCGAGUGGUGGUGGCGGGUGGGGGGAGCCCAAGCGGGCAGGAGGGUGGCGAGAUUCAGUGAACGACUCGGACUGGGGUGACGAGAGGAAGGCAAGCGGUAGCAAAGCCAAGGAGUGGGAGGAGCCGGAGAGGAGACAGCCAUCGACACGACCGAGCGAGAAGAUAACUCCCUCUCCCACCUCUGCCGGCAACGAGGCCCAGAAGAAAUUCGGAUCUGCCAAAGCCAUCUCUUCAGACCAAUACUUUGGUGACUCGAGUGAUACAUCUUGGGAGAGAAAGACCAACCUGUCACGGUUCGAGGGAUCGUCCAGUAUCUCAUCGGCGGACUACUUCAACCGCACAGAGGUGACCCCGGGGUCGGGCUACAACAUGCAGACCCCUGACCUGGACGAUGUCAAGGAGAGUGUGAGACAGGGUGUGACCAAAGUGGCGGGAAAACUGAGCUCGCUCGCCAACGGUGUCAUGUCGUCGAUACAGGAGAAGUACGGAGGAUACUAAGGACAGCAUGUUACCUGGACCCCCUUCUGCGUUGUUUGUUUACUUCUACCUGUGUACACCCAAGUUUUCAUGUUUUUCGUAACUUAACCUACAGUGGUUGUUGAGGAAAAAUUGCGUGAAAAAGGAGAAAUAAACUGUUAAAAAUA